CAUGACGCUCUUGCACUAUGGGAGGAUUCGGGCUGUCCCGCAAAUAAAUUAGUUGUCGGUGUGCCAUUCUAUGGUCGCAGUUUUACACUCAGCGCAUCCAACCAUAACUACUCCCUCGGCACUACCAUCACUGGAGCGGGCAAUGCAGGAGCUUACACUCAAGAAGCCGGCUUCCUAGCCUAUUACGAAAUCUGUACCCAGGUGCAAAAUGCCUCCUUGGGAUGGACCGUUGAAUGGGAUGAUGAAGGAAAGGUACCCUACGCGUACAAGGACACUCAAUGGGUUGGCUACGAAAACGAGGAAUCAGUGCAAAUUAAAAUGGACUUUAUCAAGGAAAAGGGCUAUGCUGGCGCCAUGACAUGGGUCAUCGAUUUGGAUGACUUCCGUGGAUUGUGUGGACAAAAGAAUGCACUUCUAAAUCUUUUCUAUAGUAACUUACACAAUUACACGGUGCCAGAGCCGACAACGUCAGCUUAA